UCGCGACUUCUGUUUGAAUCCAAGUUUAACAAUGGACAAGAGAAAGAAGAUAUUCAAUACCAGGACCAUCAGAACAGAGUUGGCGGACCCCGCUUACAAGGAUGGGCUUCUUUCUGUUCCUGAAUUCCUAGGUGCCCGAAGCUUUGAAAUCCGCUCCUUUGAAAUUAGCCAGUUGAAGACUCGGGCCUCUGCUGCCAAUAGAGUAUUUCAAAGUCUACCAAGAAUAUUGAGACGGAGAACUGCCAGUCACAACGUCAAAAGAGUCCCCAAGCGCUUGAGAAAUAGGGCCAUCAGAGAAAUGCAAGAUACCAAUAUCACCAAGAAAAAGCCCACUAGUAAACAGAUUUAUCAGUUGAGAAUGUCCAAGAAGCUCUUGAAAUUGGCAUCAAGAGUAAAACUCCUCAAAUCAGUGCCAAUUGAUAGCCAAACCCAUAUGAAGCUGAGAAUCAAGCAGUUGAAUGAGCAGUUGGCUGACUUGAGAUCUAGCAAAUCCCACAAUAAACCAGUAUUGAAUAAUAUCAUGGGUUCGUACGACAAUACCGGUGUGAACGAGCUAGCCGUCAGGCCCAAAGGAAACUUGAAAUACAGUAAACGACAAAGGGAACACGUUUGGCUCACCACGCACGUUUGGCAUGCCAAAAGGUUUCAUUUGGUGAAACGAUGGGGGUAUCAAAUUCCCUUGAGCCCCACGCAGAAGUGUUUUAAGUCUACCAAUCGGGCUGCAAAAUCAAACACCAUCAUUUUUGACACUUCUUAUUUUGACAGUUUGAUUAUGGACUACGAUGAAACUGUCAUUCUGAACCUCAUAAAACCAUCUAUAUCUGUACUCAAGGGCCAUAAAAGCUACAAUGGCUGGCUUUAUAUUGAUUCUAAACCUGUUGGUAUAUGUUUGAUGUACUGUAGCCCAGCAGCAGGAAAGACGCUAUUGAGAAUUCAUCCUUCUAUUUACGAAGAGCUUUUUAAUCAUAUAAGAGAAACAUACGGUGUUAACUUGCAGGAUUGUCGAUACUCCUUGGGGAGCAUAGAAUUGGUGGGGCCUACCAGCUUGAGGAGUCUCAACAAAAUAUUCCACAUCACCAAAGAGAUCCCUGAGUUCAAAAACCUCUGCAAUUAUAAUGAUGAUUUCCAACCGGGGACGACAAUGAGCUUCAACAUCAAGGAUCCCAGAUUAUGGUCCAAGCCAGUCAAUCCACCUGUUCUGCAAGAGAUGAGCUACAACGAUUUGAUAAUCAAAUUGAGCAGUGGCUUGAUAGACCAGGAAAGCAUUCUACAGCUCUUUGACCCCGAGGGCAGAAACCACUCGUACCUUAACCAGCACACCACAAAAGAACUCAACAAGCACCCCGAUCCUGCUGGUAUCAAUGAGUCCAUUCCUAUUUUGUUGACUAAGACUUCAAGCUCAUGGUGUUUAAUCGUCCCAUGGUUUUGGGUGUUGCCCAUCUGGUUGAAGUUGAACCAGAUCAGUCAUAUUCAUCUUGGAGGCAUGAACCAAUUAAAGCAGCUCGACUUUGAAAAUGGUCGGUUAAGCUACUUAGAAGACUAUCCAUAUUUGCCAGAAAGCUGGAUAGACAACGAGCUUCAGAUCAAGUUGAGCCAGCAGAAGUACAACAAGCUUCCUCUUUCCAAGAGGCAAAGAGAAAAGUUUGAAAAAGGAUUACUCCUGUUUGGAAACGAUUGGGAGUUCCUCACGAAGCUCAUUUUUAUCACCAAGAAAGUGGGAAAAUUGGAGGACAAGUUUGAGUUUGGCCAAUUUGAUGAGAACAUGGUCAAGCAAAUCCGAUCUGUGGAUGACUUGGUGGAUCAUGUGGAUUCUUCACGAAAUUUCAAGUUGUGUAUCGAGUUGUUUGAUCCAAACAAUUCGUUCCACCAAUCUUUUACGAGAGGCGAUUACAAGGUUGACUUGUCGAAAUUGCCUAAACUUCCUAUCAGAAUAGUUAGAUUUGAACUUCCAAACGGAACCUUAAAUGACCAUGCCAGAAUAUAUGUCGAAAAUGCUAGUCAUAUCCAGAACUUAGUUGGCUUUGUCACCACUGGAGGAUACAACUUGAACAGGGGGAAGAUGGCCGGGAUCGGAUAUAUUCUGGCACACAUUCCAGAAGGUACCAAUCUUGUCAUCAGGAACAUCGGAACGUCCAAAGAGCAUAAAAUCAAACUUAUAUAGACUUCAAAUAAACUGGGUGC